AUGCCAACUGUACACCUGCGAUUUCUGAUAGCAAAUCCAUCAAAAGCUGGAAAGAUCACAUCUUUGCCUGACUGGACUCCUGACCAAUCCAUCAGCUUACAGCAAGGUGUAAAAUGGAAAGAACACGAGCUAUACCAGCAACCGAUGCUCACCAUCAACAAUGCCAUUGUAUGGGCUGGAUUUUUAAUGAAGAUAUAUGAUGCUGCUGACAAUAAACAAUUCCUGGUAAAAGAUUUCCACACUGCAAACUGCUCCACCUUUGCAAGAGGAUAUCUAGCUACGAUUGACCCAAAUAAUGUAUACUAUCUGGACUCAGCAACAAAAGAUGUUAAAGUUGAAGACUUGGACACUAUUGACUCCGCAGCUUUGGGAGCAAUCUAUGUUUCUCAUGAGCCUACAUCUGCUUCUGGCUUGAACGAUUAUCACUAUGAUCUUUUGUAUAAAGAUCAUUGUUUUAAAUGCCUUGUUUUAGAUAGUGCACACGUAGCUAAUUCUGGUUUGUAUUACAAAGUGAGGAUUGCUCCUAUAAUUUUUUUUACAGAUGACACCUCUGGUAACUGGUCAAAGCAGUUCAACCCAUAUGAAAGUUGGUCCAUGAAGUUAGCUGGACUGUCUUAUGAAGAACGCUCACUUAUCGCAAAUAAACUAUUUCUGUUGGCCAUCCCAAAGAAGAAUGAUGUUAGCGGUAUGUCUCUUCUGCCAACACUCAUCAGAGAUCUUAAGAAACUUGAGAAUGACAUUGUUGUGUACUCUGCUGAGGACAAUGCAUACAUUCUGCUUGUGGCUCCCUUACUCUGGAUUGAAGCUGACACCCCCUGUCACUCUGAGCUCUGUGAUAUACUUGGUUCUGCAACGUUGUAUCUCUGCCACAAAUGUUAUAUCUUGAUCCAAAGAACUGUUCCGUUGAAAGAGAUGGAAUAUUAUCUUAAAAGACAUAACAAAAGAACAAGGGAACACUAUGUUUUGGCUAAUUCUACUAAAAACAGAACCACAAUAAUGCCUGAUGUUUUGAACACUGGAAAGCCUGUGAAUGCAAGAGCUCUCAGUUUCAUUGACCAUUCCACAGGAUGUUUAUUGGACUUAAAAUCAUUUGACCUAUCGAAGGACACACCAAUUGAAAUUCUUCACGCAAUUCUACUUGGUAUUGCAAAAUACUUGAUCAAUGGAUUGGUGAAAAUUACUCUCAAGAAGCACGCAGACAAACUGGAGAAGCUUUUCAAAAGCUUGAAAGAAUGUGAACAGACAACUGGACUUUCUCGCAGAUUUACCCAGCUCUUGAGACACUGUGAAUCUUUUCUUGGUAGAGACUACAAGGUGCUGCUUCAGACUCUUCCUGCUAUUUUCCUCAGAGACUUUGCUGAUGAUGAGGUAAUAAAACCAAUUAUGCCCUGCUUUGUUGAACUUGGUCGACUAUGUUCAUUGAUAUUUGUUCGACAGGUUGAAUCCCAUUUUGAAGAGUAUCUUGCUCGAGUUGAUUAUGCUGUGAAUGACUUAAUCAAAGAACUUCAUACAUUUGAUAUCUGGGUUGCUACCAAAGAGAAGGAACUGACUCAAAAGGACAACUACACACCUUUCUGCAACAAACCGAAGGUCCACUUCUUGAACCAUUUGACUGACAACAUUAGACGAUUUGGACCGGCCCUUAAUUAUGAAACUGAAAAAGGCAAACAGUUUAACAAGCACAUUCGUGAGCAUCUUAUUCAUACCAAUCGUUUGAACACCUCAAGAGAUGUCUGCUUCAAGUUUGCAAAGCAGAUAAUAAUGCAGCAUAUCUUUGAUGGUGGUUCCUGGACUAAUGACAACGGCCAACAAGAAUACUCUGGAAGCGAAAUUGCAGAAUGUCUCAAGCACAACAAUGUCGAAACUUUCUGGCACUUAUUCCUUGGGGGAUCAUGA